AUGAGGAGCGCUUCUGUUGGGCUGGCCAAAGACAUGGUUGCUGCCGUGCCCCGCAGCAUACCAGCAAGCCCGCCUGCACGCUCUCUGGCAACGGAGCUUCGGCAGUUGUCCACGGCAUUGCAGGAGUCACCAGAUGCCGACUUGAGCACGACCUCGCUUGCUUCCUGCAGCGAUCCCGGCAACAGCCAGCUGCAUCGGAGCGGAGAUGCGCAAAACGGCCGCCGCCGCAAUCUUGCCGUGACAGGUCCAGCCCUGCGAGAUCUGUGGAGCUCGAUUGCGCACCUGAAGGGACAGUGCGAGAGCAGCCGGCGCCGCUUGGCCCAAGUGGAGCAAAGGCUCGAAGCGCAGCUCCAGGAUCGCCUGGAGAACAAGGGAGAUGUCAGGGAGCGCCUGGCGGAGAUCCAG